GUCGUAAAAACGCCGACAUCCUUCUUGCCAAUGACCAGUCCAUCAGCAGGUCUCAUGCGUCCCUCAGAGCUACUGACCAGACUGUGACUUUAAAAGACACCUCCAAGUACGGAACCUUUGUCAAUGGUCAGCGUAUGACAGAGAACACAGCAGUCGGCCUAAAGUCAGGAGACCAAGUGACUUUUGGAGCCUUCAACAGCAAAUUCAGUUUGGUCUUUCUGAAGCCAGUUGUCUGUUCAUCGUGUUUGGACAAUGGUGACAAGGCAUCCUUGUCGAGUGCUCUGCAGUCUUUGGGAGGGAAGCUGGUGAACUCCUGGACUCAGGACUGCACCCACCUGGUCAUGAAUACAGUUAAAGUCACCAUCAAGACCAUCUCUGCGCUCCUGUGCGGCCGUCCCAUUGUGAGGCCAGAGUUCUUCUCGGAGCUAAACAAGGCCGUGCAGAAGAAGCUGCCACUUCCUGGAGCAGAAGG